CCCGGGGAGACCGCCCAGGGCUGCUGAGUGACCCGGGAUGUCAAACCCACCCACCUGAGAAUCCCUUAGCGGGAUCUUGCCCGCGGAGAAUGGUAUCCAGAGCCCACAAACCGCCGCCUCGGCGCGUGCUGCGAUAGGAAGUGUUCCCGUGAUGACCAAUCAGCAGCGACAAGCCGUUUUAACGUCCCUCCCCCUUUCACCCACUGCCCUUUAGUUUCGUCCCUCCCCCCACUUUAGCAGUGCGUCUGCGCUUUGAGGCCCUUCCGGGACUCCGUCCACCGCGCGCCCAGCUGGGGGUCCGGCGGUAACCCGCCUCCAUGAUAUGGCAGGCUCAGAGGCUGAGUGGAUAAUCGUUGCCAAUAACCUUCUUUUGAAAUGUCAUAUACACCUAAGGAUACGAGAACUAGAAGAUUGUGAUGCUAAUGUUUUUAUUGCCCUUUACCAAUCCAUUUUGGGAGAAAAGGUACCAGCUUUUUUUUCCCACAGAGCCUCAUAGCUAUUCCCAGGAGUCAAGAGGAUGAAGCUCACAAUGUACAAGCAGUAAUUGAUUCACUGGCCUUGGAUUACCUACAAGUCAGCUUGUCUCACAUAACAGGAGAAAUAUAGUGAGAGGAGAUAAAGAAUCUAUUAAGAAUCUGCUAGAAAUAUUUGAUGGGUUGCUGGAGUAUCUUACAGAACACAUCAGUGAGACAUCUCAUGAGAAAAGUCCAACUUGAUAUGGCAAUAUUACCUAGAGCUGAGCAGAUUCUUCAAAAUGCCAGUUAAUAAUGGUGAAACUGGACAGAGUUUUAAAGAAUCCCAUCAAGGAGAACUUUUGGAAGAGCCAGAAAGUACUAAGGAAUCCAAGUCAUCAUGGAAAAGGGUUUCUUUUGAGAGGUGCUCCUUGUCAUCUGAGGCUUUGGGCCCCUCUUGGGAUGGAGAUGAAACAGAAUCCACCGGUGAAAUAAUUAGACUGGGAGACACGGCACACACCUUUUCUCUCAGAAGUAAUGGUGCCGAAGGCCCUAAUGAAAUGCAGUCCAAAAAAGCCUCAGCCGUAUCGUAUGAAGAAGCGUUGCACCCUCCCUUAUCUAGUUUUUUGUCCAAGAACAGAACAUCCUUUGUUGAAGACAUGGAAAUUCCUUCUGUGGAUGUGAUUCCAAGUGCUAGGAAGCUAGGGGAGCCUAUUCGAUCAGCUAUUCCUUUACAUCCACCAUACCACCCUUCAGAGCCUCGAGCACCCUGUCCCAUAGGAAAGGAAUACUUGCGUUCAAGUCACAUCUCCCCUGCCAUGAAUUCUACUGGAGAGGACACAGCAUUUUCUGUGGACUCAGAUAAUAAAGUUCUCUUAACUUCUAAGUUGCCUAAAGAUAGCAAACAGGAAAUGUGUUCAGCUCAGAUCCAAGGCCCUAGGACAAGGAAGUUUCCCAAAGGAAAAAGAUAUGAAAGCAGACCUGCAGUCUCAUCCUGGGAUUCAAUCCUCUCCCAGAGACCAAGAAAGAGGUUAACAGAACAAGAAUUACAUUCAGUUUCUGAGAAACUCUCUCAACGGCUCUCUGAACUAGAUUGGAUGUUAAAAAGUGCCCUGGGUGAUCGAAUUAAAGAUAAGACUGACUAUGAAGAAGACGGUAUUGGAAACGAAGAGAUGGAGAGUAGGAAGGAUGAAACCCUGUCUCAGCACAGUGACAGCAUCAUGGAGUAUGGGCCGAAGAAGCGAAGGCCAGGACUUUCCACGCAUAGAAAGCCACCCUACAGAUCUCAUUCGCUCUCUCCAUCUCCAGUUAACAAAAAUACACUGUUCCAUAUAGAGAGAAAACGUCAGCGAAAGCCAAAAGAAACAGAUAUUCGCCAAUUCCAAGCAAAGGCACUAACUGAAGCAUUUGAAAGGGAACUAAGAAGAAAUAAAGUUCAAGAGAAUAUUGGAUCUCUAGGAAUAAAUGAGGAGGAAACAGAAAAAACAUACAGAGAAGCUGCUCAUAAAGGAACUCCAAAACGUAGUCAGCCCUGGAAGACUUACUCUAGAAAAGCCACAACUCCAAGUCCAAGAGGUGGCUUGCCAAAGCCAAAUAAAGCAGUUCCAAUGAAAGUAAAUGAACACAGUCUCCUGCCCCUCAUGCUGGAGCAGUUUCCAUUUCUCUAUGUUUCUGGCCAAACACUAAGCAAAAUGUGGAAACAGCAAAUUACACAGGUUGAACAGCUCAAAAAAGAUGCAUAUAGAGAAAAUCGAUCAAAGAAAAAACUCCAGGAUGAAAUAGAAGAAGCCUUAAAAAGGCAUGACCUCCUUACUGCACUUGUCAAGAAAGAAUAUGAACAUAACAGGAGACUGCAAGACUUCAAGGACCGCAUUCAUAGGCAGAAGUUGACACAGUCAAAGAUAACAGAAAAUCGGCAGCAGAUCGUCCGUGCCCGAAAAUACUACGAUGAUUAUAGAGUUCAGUUGCGUGCAAAAAUGAUGCGAAUGAGGACCCGGGAAGAAAUGAUAUUUAAGAAAUUGUUUGAAGAAGGUUUACAAAUUCAAAAGCAAAGAUUACGAGACCUAAGAAACUAUGCCAGAGAAAAACGAGCUGAACAAAAGAUACAGCACCAGAAUGAACUAGACUCGAUGGAGAACUACUAUAAAGACCAGUUUUCAUUGCUGGCAGAAGCCAUAUCCCAAGAACGUCAGGAACUCAAAGCCAGAGAGAAAUCCCAGGCCCAGACACUGUAUAAGGUGAAGAGGGAGCUGAGAUCGAAGAUGGAGAAGGAAAUUCAGCAACUGCAGCACAUGAUAACCCAGAACGACGAGGACUCUUUCUUCCGGGAAUUAGAAGCUGAGCGCUUCAGAGCUCGGCUUCAUCUGGCUUCUUUUCAGUACAGUAAGAAUCCCUUCCUCUGAGGCCCGAUUUUAUAAGUGCUUUCUGGAAGCCUUGACUAGGACAGAGCUAGAACUGAGCCAGUAAAGAGUCUAAACCAGGAGACUCAUUUCUAUAUGCCUUACUUAUAUAUUCACUCCAAUACUUUUUAUGAUGUAAUUUUUUUUAAAUAAAAAUCAUUUUCUCCAAGUA